GCGUAGCAGAGGUGUAAAAUGUUGUUAAGUUAUUAGGUUAAGGUAAGGAAUGAAAAAGCUUUGCGUUUUGGUGUGGUGGAAGAUCAGGAGCAGGAGUGGGGAAAGGGAUUAAUCGCAGUUGCAAUUAUAGUUGCAGGCAAAAGAGAAGAGAAGCGAAAGCGCGAGAGAUGAGAGGAAGGAGCUAUAGUCCUUCGCCUCCGCGUUACAGCAGAAGAGGCGGAGGGAGGAGUCCCAGCCCUAGAGGCCGCUACCCUCCCCGCCCCCGACAACCAGAUCUUCCUACCAGCCUUCUUGUUCGUAACCUUCGCCACGACUGCAGGCCCGAGGAUCUUCGCAGACCAUUCGGUCAAUUUGGUCCUCUGAAGGACAUUUACCUGCCUAAGGAUUACUACUCUGGAGAACCUCGUGGGUUUGGUUUUGUCCAAUACGUCGAUCCUGCUGAUGCAGCCGAUGCUAAAUAUCAUAUGGAUGGCCAAAUUCUUCUUGGUCGGGAGCUCACUGUCGUCUUUGCCGAGGAGAAUAGAAAGAAGCCAACUGAGAUGAGGUCAAGAGAAAGAAGGGGUCGAUUUUAUGAUCGAAGGAGGUCUCCUCCUCGUUACUCUCGUUCACCCCGCAAUUCUCGAUCUCCACCGCCACGCCAUAGAUCUCGUUCUCGGAGUCGUGACUAUUAUUCCCCUGCCAAACGAAGGGAUUAUUCUAGAUCUCUCUCCCCUGAGGACAGACGAUACAGUCGAGAAAGAUCAUAUUCGCCGCAGAGUAGGGAGAGGUCAUACUCACGCUCUCCAGCUUAUAAUGGGGGCUCGAGGAGUCGUAGUCACAGUCCUGCAAAGGGUCCAACUCGAAGCAGAAGUCCAAGUCCGGACCAUGAUGUUAAGGAACCAGCCCGUGGUAAGCCUGUUUUUGGUAUUCACAAUGCCUGAGUAUUCGUUGUCCCAAUACCGAAGAGAAUGAGAACAUGGACAUGACCUCAAAAUAACCGUACGAUCUUUGUCCAUGGGUCCUACAUGGUCGAUAGUGAAACAUGCGGCACGCUAAACCAAACCAUUAACAACUCCUCUCAGCCUGCAAUGGUUCAUAAUGAUUACACUUAUUACAUUUGUAUUCAAUACUUGUUCACUUCCUUUAUUUUCAUUAUUUAUAUCUUAGCCCAUGUUCUUGAUAUUUUUAUUAUAAUUGUCUCAACUCAAUGAAUUUCUUAAAUUUUAUCUCU